GGUAACAAAACCCGAGACUCAGAGUGAUCUCUUCAAGAAUUUGGUGACCCCGAUGUGAUAGGAAAGGGGCAAAGGCGUGGCUGAUUACUGUGGGCUUUCUUGAUGAGCAGCACAAACAGGUGGCCACCUACAAAGGAGAAAAGCAAGGAGCCCACUGAGGAGGCAGACACUCCAUGCCCAAUUGUUCCAGGAGACCAGAUAUAUCUGAGAGUGUUCAGGAGGAAGUGGAACGAACCCAGAGGGAGGGGCCCUACAAAGUCGUAGCAGCCACUCCAACAGCGGUCCAGGUGGAAAGCAGAACCAUGUGGUAUCAUUUGAACCACUGCACGAGACUCACCAAAGUAAGUACGGAAAGAGAAGGAGGAAAAUCGAAGACAGACAAAGCGGAAGGAGGAGCAAAGAACCCAACAUCCAAGGGUAGAGACAUGACGGCAAAAGCAGUUUGGAGGAGUCUGCACCUGCUUUGCAAUUUUUCCCCUUAUCUGGCUUUUAUCGGAGGAGUAUCUGUCUGAUGCCGUGUUGGCACAUCUGAUUGGAUGCCCACUGGGAAUUCUGAGGACAUCUGAAGCUGGCACAAUGUCUCAGCUCCUGCACAUGAAGAUCCCCAACUUUGCCAGUGCGGUGCUGGACAGCCUGAAUGAGCAGCGGCUGCUGGGCCAGCACUGUGAUGUGGCCAUUAUGGUUAAUGGACAGGCCUUUAAGGCCCACCGUGCCGUGCUGGCUGCCAGCAGCCUUUACUUCCGUGACCUCUUCAGUGACAGCAGCCAGACUCUGUUCGAACUCCCCUUUUUGGUGUCCCCAUCCUGUUUCCAGCAGAUUCUUUCUUUCUGCUACACGGGCAGAAUGAUGGUGACAGCCAGUGACCAGCUCAUGGUCAUGUACACAGCUGGUUACCUGCAGAUCCAGAACAUUGUGGAGCGUGGAAUGGACUUGAUGUUCAAGGCCAAUGCUCCAUUCUGUGACUCUCAGACAUCUGCUACAGACAAUCGUCCCAGCCCAAACAACAACAACGCCUCACUGUUGCUAGGUGACCUGCCUACGUCUGUCUGUAAAAUUAAAGAGGAGAAGCUGGAGACCCCUGUGUGUACUCAGAGUGAAGUAAAGCAAACUGAUGAUGAUGCCAAGGGACUCAGGAGCAGAUCUUUGAGAGGGAGUGCACUUUUCUACACCACUGGUGCAGGAAACGGGACCCUGAAUGUGGUUCACCCAAAUGAGCACUCAUCAAGAGAUCACUCAAGCCCUGGAGCCUCCAGCCUGCCCACCACGGACAGCCCCACUUCCCAUCAAAAUGAGGAAGAAGACUUUGAAGAUGACUCAUAUGAUGACCUUACCAGUGGGAAGAUCUAUGGAGAUUCGGCCAGUCUCUAUGGCAUGCAUGAGAGGAUGGAGGUGUUCUCCCUGCCUCCAUCCCUGGAGAGCCAUUUCUGCUUGCAGCUCGGAGGUGACAGAGAAGCUCUUCCUGCAGGACUUAUCAGUCAGAUUGGCUACCGUUGCCACCCUGCACUCUACACAGAAGGAGACCCAGGUGAGAGGCUGGAGCUAAUUGCAGGAUCUGGUGUGUUCAUGAGACGUGGGCAGCUAAUGAAAUAUCACUUGUGUGCUGGGGUCAAGCACAAAGUCCUUCUCCGGCGCCUGCUUGCUGCUUUUUUUGACAGGAAUACACUGGCAGACAGCUGUGGGACAGGCAUCCGCUUCUCCAAUUGUGAUCCCAAUCGCAAACCUCUGGACAGCCAUAUACUCAACACAGUCAAACUUUACUGUCAGAACUUCGCCCCAAACUUCAAGGAGAGUGAGAUGAAUGUGAUCGCUGCAGGUAUGUGUACCAAUGCACGCCGGCUUCGUAAGCGCUGGUUGCCAAAGAUCAAUUCUAUGCUGCCAGAGGCUAUUGAAGUGUACAGGGGCUCUGUGGUGUUAGGCCAGGUAGAUGGAGUUACACAGCCCAGUCCAUCGUUCCUGUUUGAGUGUGACUUCAAACACCUGGCCCAGGCAAACCUGACUCUGGAGCAGCAUCUCUACAAUGACUGCAGAGAAACACUGAGAAAUCACUUUCCCGGUGCCGUCAUGGAGGAGGGAGCCAGCACAGAGGCAAACAAGGGUGAAGUGCUGUGAUUCAGAUAAUCCAGAGGAUGUGCCUCCAAGGCAUCUGGAGAACUGAGAGAGAGAAGGGACAGUCCUCACCUUCAACCCGGACAGUAAGACAGUUGAAGGGGACAGUAGCAGCCCCAAAAGUCAGCCAGAGGAACAAAGUGAAGAGCAGGCACUAUUUUUCAAAAAAGGAGUGCUAUCACUAAUUAUAUGGCUUCAUGCCAAUGAAAUAACAUGUCAAAAUCUGCACGAUGGACAUUGACAUGCAAUGAAUAUAUCAAAGAACUUUAAUGACAAAUACAGCAUUUUGCAAAAAGCAGCAAUUUAUCUUAAGUAAUACUCUCUCUCUCUUACAUGCACACACACACACAAAUACUCCUGUCAGAGCACCAAUACAUCAAGCCCAAGGCUUAAGGAAAGGAAAGAAAAUUAACUUAGAAAACUGUAGAAAUCAAAGUAUAACACCCCCCUCAAUAGAGAAAUAUAUAGAUAUGACAAUAGUAGUAGCAGAUAUUUUUGGGGUUGUGGAAAAGAGCACCUUCUGACCUCUUUACCAUUAGGAUGGAAAGGAAUAUGUACUAGAGUAAGACUACUUCAGGAGAUUAACAUGAUACACUGAAUGGUACAGUAAAAUGGUAGGGUUGCAUCAGGAAGGGCAUCCCGGCAUAAAACUUGUGCCAAGUUGUUGUGCAGACCAGUUGGUCUGCUGUGGUGACCCCUCACACACGUAGGGAGCUGUUGAAAGAUCAACAACAACAAAAUGCUUUAACUGCACUUGGAGAGCAGCUAGAUGCAACAAGUACAAUGACAUGGCAAAACAGACAGGCUCUUGAAUGGUUAUUGGCAGAUAACGGCGGUGUAUGUGUAUUGUUUGGUGACCAAUGCUGUACUUAUUUCCCUAAUAACACAGCUCCUGAUGGUGCAAAAAUUGAAAAACUUCAGACUGAAAUCCACAACCAAUGCUGGGAAAGACAAUAAAAUAUGGGACUGGUUAGAUCUGAGUUUGGGAAAUUGGGGAGCAAGGUUUGCUAAAAUAGGAAUGUUCUUGGGAAUUUCAAUAGUAGUGGGAGGAUUGUUGCUCUGUUGUGUACUUCCUAUAUUAAAGCCACUCGUCAUAAAAGCCACAGUUCAACAAAUGGAAGUAUUAAAAACACUCCUAAAGGAUAGUAAGGACAUUUGCUGCCGUGAUUGCGAUUCACAAACAUCGGAAGAGGAUUCAAGCACCUCAGAUGAGGACAAAGAAGAUGAUUAGAGACGGACCAUGCCUUGGGUGAAAGUACCAGCCUGACCUCUCCCCAAAAGGUGGCUCCCUAAGAUGCGCAAAGUAUCUUCCAUUUUAUGUUCGAUGUGAUUUACAUAACAAGUGCUCACCAAUUUUGAAUAUGUGCUUAUGGUUCAUAGAGCUGUCAGAAGCCUGUAUAAUGUCUGUCUUAUCUAAAAUUCCUAGAAGAGUGAUGUUGUCUGAUUUCUGUGAAAAACUGAAAAUGCUUCACUUUAAAUUUCUCAUUGAUCUCAUGGAGCAUUUCAACUCCUCAGGAUGUUAAUUCAGCAUCAACCUCUACUCAAUUACUACCUUAAUCUACAAUACUUCAGCAGCUUGGUGCAUGAUCCAGCUCUCUCUGUAUUUAGCUCUCGCCUUCUUCAUCCCAUUACUAGAAGUGACUUCAUAAAGGUAGUGGUACUGUAUGAAAUGUUAGAUGGUGUUUGAAAUGUGAACGACUGGCAGAAUUAAAUGAGGCAGGAAGUGAAAGCACCACACAGGGAGGAUAAAUGUGGUUUUGAUUGUGCACAGGUCAGAUAAA